CAUUCUUUCAAAUUAGAAUUUGUUCUGAAAAGCAUGCACCGUUUUUUUCUUUUGAAACAAUGUUGACAAAUAAAGUUAAUCAACUUUUGGAACACAUGCAGCUCAUUGGCAGUAAUCUACAUGAUGCCUUAUUCCCGCGGUAAAAUUUUCCAGACAAACCUCCACUUUGAACCAUUAAUGACUUGUGAUAUGUGACAGAUUUAUUAAAAUUAGUGAGGACGGGUACAACGACAUUUUUAAAAUGGAUUAUGUGUCCGAAAUAGAAUUAGAGGGCGACACGGAGAUCGAGAUGGGUAUGAUAGAGGACGUCGUCUAUUCUCAGGAGUUUUUGCCAACCUUUGAGACUAUACCUGAGGGGGCAUCAGUGCCCAAAGUGGAGAAGGCUGAGUUCAACGGCAAAUCUGACUCUCUGUUCUUCAAUGAUGGGGUUAGACGGAUCGACUUUGUCUUAGUCUAUGAAGAUGAGGACAUGAAGGAGAUCGACAAGAAUAGAACGUUCCAGAAACGUAAACAACGGAGAGAGUACUUUGAGGCCAGCUUGAUGAAGAUGGGGAUGGAACUAGAGGCUGCCAGAUCUGUGGUAGAUGAGAAGCUGUUGUUCGUCAAGGUGCACAUGCCCUGGGACGUGCUGUGUACCUACGCCGAGGUCCUCCACAUCAAGCUGCCCAUUCAGCCCAAUGAUCUGUCCACCACGUCCUCACCCUUCAACUUCCUCAGCUGCAUCACCAGACACUUCUACCCCAGCGAGGACCUCAUAGCCAAGGAGACGGAGUACUUCACUGCCCCGUUCGAGAAGGACAGGCUGGAGUACUUCUACGUGAAGGACCGGGACCUCUUCUUCACGCCGUCCAUGAGGAGUAGAAUGGCCUACUACAUCCUCAGCCGAGCCCCCUAUGAGGUGCGAGGGAACAUCAAGAAGUUUGGUGUCACCAAGCUGCUCGAUGGGGGGGUGUACAAGGCUGCUUAUCCCCUGCAUGAUUGCAGAUUCAACGUCAGGUCGAAGGAAGAUGAGUGCCCCAAUGAGAGAUACCUCCUGUAUAACGAGUGGGCUCACCCUAAAAGUUUCUAUAAGAUGCAGCCACUUGAUCUCAUAAGAAAGUAUUAUGGGGAGAAGAUUGGAAUUUACUUUGCUUGGCUGGGCUUCUAUACAGCCAUGCUGGCCCUCGCUGCCAUUGUUGGACUUGGCUGUUUCAUUUAUGGGUACACGACUCAAGAAACAAGCACCUGGAGCAAAGAGGUGUGCGACCCUUUGAUUGGAGGAAAUAUUGUGAUGUGUCCGCAGUGUGAUAAGGAGUGCACAUACUGGAGGCUCAACAGCACCUGUGAAUCUUCUAAAAAACUGUGCAUAUUUGAUAACUAUGGGACGCUGGUGUUUGCUGUCUUUAUGGCCAUUUGGGUGACCGUGUUUCUGGAGUUCUGGAAGCGCUACCAGGCAGAGCUGGAGUAUGAGUGGGACACCGUGGAGUUCCUGGAGCAGGAGGAGCAACCUCGUCCCGAGUAUGAGGCCAAGUGUAACCACGAGAGAAUCAACCCUGUCACACGGGCAAAAGAGAAAGUACCUUAUACAGUCUGUGGACGGUGCAUAAGAGUGUCUUUAGGAAUCGGGACCGUCUUAUUCUGGAUUGUGUUGAUCCUAGCGUCAGUGGUGGCCAUCAUCGUAUACCGACUGGCAGUGUUCUUCUCAUUUUCGACGAGACUCCAGUCUGACCUAAAGGAGCUCGAACCGUUUAAGGAGUAUGUGACUGCCCAAAUGGCCACCUCCGUCACUGCUUCUGUCAUCAGCUUCGUAGUAAUCAUGGUACUCAACAUCCUGUAUGAGAGGGUUGCCAUCUGGAUCACUGACUUCGAGCUACCAAGGACCAAGACGGAUUAUGAGAACAGUCUGACUCUGAAGAUGUUCCUGUUCCAGUUUGUCAACUACUACUCCUCCUGCUUCUACAUUGCCUUUGCCAAAGGGAAAGUGGUUGGUUACCCUGGACAACCUGUUUACCUGCUGGGCAAGUACAGGAAUGAGGAGUGUGAUCCAGGAGGAUGUCUGAUUGAGUUGACAACCCAGCUCACUGUCAUCAUGGGCGGUAAAGCCAUCUGGAAUAACAUUCAGGAGGUGUUGCUGCCGUGGAUGAAGAAUUUGAUAUUCCGCUACUGCACACGUGUGGGGUCUGAAAAGGUGAUUCCUCGCUGGGAGCAGGACUAUCAGCUGCAGCCCAUUGGGAAGCUGGGCCUCUUCUAUGAAUACCUGGAGAUGGUAAUCCAGUUUGGUUUUGUGACUCUGUUCGUGGCCUCCUUCCCCCUGGCUCCUGUCCUGGCUCUGGUCAAUAACCUCUUCGAGAUCCGGGUGGACGCCUGGAAGAUCAUCACCCAGUUCCGCCGCAUGGUUCCAGAGAAGGCCCAAGACAUCGGGGCGUGGCAACCCAUUCUCCAAGGUGUCGCCAUCUUGGCUGUGGCAUCAAAUGCCAUGAUCAUUGCCUUCACAUCAGACAUGAUCCCACGAUUGGUUUACUACUGGUCUUUCUCUGUGUAUCCCUAUGGAGACCAUUCCAGUCACACCAUGCAGGGCUACAUCAACAACACACUCUCUGUGUUCGACAUCCAGGACUUCUCCAACCAGAGCCGGCCCUUGCAAACACCUUACUGGUUCAAUAACAGCACCACCUGCAGAUAUCGAGAUUUCAGAUACCCACCAGGACACCACAGACAAUAUGAAUACAGUAUCUACUACUGGCAUGUGAUAGCUGCCAAGAUGGCUUUCAUAAUAGUUGUAGAGCACAUUGUAUACCUGACCAAGUUCGUUCUGUCCUACGUGAUCCCGGACGUGCCUUACACAGUGAGGGAACAGAUCAAACGAGAGAAGUACUUGAGCCAGGUCAUCCUUCACGAGACCAACCUCAAACUGGUGACCAAACGCUUAAAGCCUGUCGCUGAUAAGAUACUUAAACACAAUGAGGACCAGGAGGAGGAGAUUAUGGACCUUUACUUUUAAUCUCCGAAACUUUGUCAGAGAAGAGAGAGUCCUGCCUUUGUCAGGACCUACAAUAUUUACAAGUAUUGUGAGCAGCUAAAGAUGUAUUCAAUACAUGUUUUAAUAACUUUAAUUACUAUGAAUUAAUAUUAUUAGUAGCUUAAUAGCUUGGUGGGGACUACGACCAACCAAACCAGCCAUGAAGCUCAGCUCUGUUGCUCAGAUCUUUGGAUCAAUUGCAUAUUUAGCACUUUUAUGUCACUGAUUGUUACAUGUACACUGUUACAUUUAAUGUGUCUUGUAUUGAUAAAAUUAGCAUUCAAUGCCAUAUGUUCGACUGUACGGUAAAUAUGGAAGAUUAUGAAUGACAACAAUACUUUUCUUCUUUAAACAAAACAUACAGAUUUUUUGUGCUGGAUUUAGUCAGGAAUAAUUCCAAAAGCUCAAAUUGCGUUGACCAGGCAAGCCAUCAAGUAAGGAAGCUCGUUCCCGCCACCCAAUAAAAAAUAUCUGACUACAAGUUAUGAGAUAGUAAGAUAUAACUAUGAGAUAGAAAGUUAUAAUUAUGAGAUAGAAUGUCUGGAUCGUGGACAUUGAAUAGUCCUGCAGGUCGACCCCUUUCAAAGGGGAAAUCUGGGAUUCACACAAUAACAAAGCUUCUCCCACCACAGCUGAGGAAUGGGGCAGGAGAAAUGUAACCAAUCUCAAAUACAUAGACACAAGGACUCACAUAUGGAUGCAGGACUGACCAUCCAUGAGAUGCAAAUUAUAUUUUUUACCAUGUG